AUGUCGCUGAUUACGAGCUGGUUUUCGUCCUGUGGGCUUCAAGAUGCCUACUCACUCAACUUCACUUGCACCGGUCACGGCUGUGACGUCCUCGCUCUCUUGCCAAACAUCUCGUGCACUACGAACGACUUUGGUCUCGCGUGCACGAAUGAUGUGCAUUGCGCUGGGAUACCUGACUUUGAAGACGUCACUUCCUGGACAUUAGAUGGCAGCCAGCUGAUCCAUUCGGAGAAUAUAACCGUGGUGGAGGAAGGGUAUCCGGUGCAGAAUGAGACCGGAAUACAGUCGAAUACCACCGUUUCGGACUACCCAGAUUGUGUCACGGCUACAUUUACGGAAGUGGUCUCAGCGACCGUUUGGUAUGACGACGAGCUCGUUCGACCUCGACCAAGAGACACGAUGCACACCCUCCAACGCAGAGAGCGAAGGUUCAACACACCCUCUUCACCCCACGAGGACGUUAGGUCACUAAUCGCCUUCGUCAGGGAGUCCACCCAAGGGAGCACCGACGAGGCGGUUUAA